AUGAAGCAUGAAGUAGCCCCUCGUCUUGCUCGACGUAUGACCCCCACCCUCUUCCUUGAAUUUUUGUUCGACAUCAUGUUUCACUCAGACGACGUUACCGUCUCUCGUCUCAUGCAAGUCAACAAGGCUCUCAAUCUGGAGGGCCCCAAGUACCUGCUCACUCCCUCUCCGCACGUUGCCAUACGCACUAGCAACAGGCUUGACUCCUUCAUCACUUUCCUGUCUGCGUGCAAUGGUUCUCGCCUUGCCUUUCUCGAGCGCCUCUCCCUGGAAAUGGAAUCUCUCGAAGCCUCUGUCGCGAAGCGUCUGGUCGACCUGCUCACGACACACUCGCAUAAGCUCGCUAUCGCCUCUCUGCGCAUCCUCCACGGCCACCCUGAUCUUUCGGUUGCGAUCGCUGGACUCACAACUCUCCCCGAGAUCCGUUUCGGCAACGUCGACGUCCUCGGCUCCGACAUGCUGCGCCGCUUCAAGUCUAGAGUCAAAUUCGUCGAGGUGAAGUGGCCUGAGGGUCCCUCCCUGUUGACGCGCCAACAAAGCAUGAGGAUCCCAAUGCUCGUUCUCGAGAACUUCCGGUCAUCUCUCGUCAGCUUGAUAGCGGCUGUCGUCAACCUCCAGCGCUUCCGGGGGGACGGCGCGUUCCAGCAAGUAUAUCCUCUCCUCAAUUACAUCCAUCUCCGUGAGGCCAUGAUCCUGGGGGUCCACACCCGCAACCUGGUUCAUACCUUUCCCAGCCUACAAAGCCUCAUCAUAGACCAGUACUCGGACGACAACGACGACCAAGACACCAUCGACGCGCAGCACGAACGAAACGUCGCCGACCAGCUCGCGCACGGCUCGUGGCCGUCCCUCAAGCUCGCCUCGGGUCGGCUCGUAGACCUCUACAUGCCCAGCCCGACGGGCCCAUUCAUGCAGACGCGCGCGCCCCGCCGCGUCCUCAAGCGCACGAGCACCGUCCACCUCUCGCUCGAGCAGUUCGAGGGCGCGCUCUUCGCGCCCGCCCUCAUGGGCAUGCUCCAAAAGCCGUGCGCGGCGCAAAUUCAGUGCUUCGAGGUCGUCUUCCGCAUCGGCCGCUCCAUCCCCGCCGAACUCGUCGAUCCGCCCGCGCUGCUCGACAGCUGGGUCGCCGCAGUCCGCGGCCUCCCGUGCCUACGCGUGCUCUGCAUCGGCGUGUUCUGCCAGCUGCGCUCGUUCCGGGACGUGAGGGAGCCGACCGCGGCGGAGCGCUUCUUCGCCGCACUCGACCCAGGCUCCUACCCAGCCAACUACUCUACUAGUCCCCAGCCCUCAGGGCUGCCGCGCCGCCAGGUGCGGGACACGCUCAGCGUCGGGCACACGACAGCUGGGUCGCCGCAGUCCGCGGCCUCCCGCGCCUAUGCGUGCUCUGCGUUGGCGUAUUCUGCCAGCUGCGCUCGUUCCGGGACGUGGGGGGCGGAGCGCUUCUUCGCCGCGCUCGACCUCGACGCGCUCGCGCGCCGGCUCGCGGACGCGGUCCCGACCCUGGAGACCGUCGAGCUCGCUGUGAAGGGCGUGCGGGGGCGGAGCGCUCCGGCGUCCGCGCGUCGUGGGCCGGAGAACACGGAGUUCCGGACGCGCGUGGUGGAGGUGGUGAAUACGUUCGAGGAGAUGACCGCCCGGUUGCGCUCGGAGGUAUGUGGAUAA